UGAGAGAGUUAGGGGUGUUCAGCCUGGAGAAGAGAAGGCUCCGGGGAGACCUUAGAGCCCCUUCCAGUACCUGAAGGGGGCCUACAGGAAAGCUGGGGAGGGGCUGUUUGCAAGGGCACGUAGCGAUAGGACGAGGGGCAAUGGUUUAAACUAGAGCAGGGCAGGUUUAGAUUAGACAUUAGGAAGAAGUUCUUUCCAAUGAGGGUGGUGAGACACUGGCCCAGGUUGCCCAGAGAGGUGGUGGAGGCCCCAUCCCUGGAGACGUUCAAGGCCAGGCUGGAUGAGGCUCUGAGCAACCUGAUGUAGUUGAAGCUGUCCCUGCUGACUGCAGGGGGGUGGGACUAGAUGGCCUUUAGAGGUCCCUUCACACCCAACACAUUCUGUGAUUCUAUCUAUGAUACGUGCCAGCACCACAAAAAAGAACGGAAUGGAGAAUCACACGGGGAUGGGGCUGAGGGGACGGACCCCGCUGGGGCCGCGCCGCGCUGCCAUUGGCGGGCGCUGGCCAAUGGCGUUUCCCCGCGGGCGGCGGCGGUAGCAGCGGCGCGAGGCGAGCGUCGGGGAUGGCGCGGACGAAGGCGUGCGGCGGGGCCGGGCGCAAAGUGCUGGUCGCCAGGGCUCCCCGGAAGGUGCUGGGCUGCAGCAGCCUCAAUGCGGGACCGUCGCCGGCCGCCAAGAAAGGCGAGGGCCGGCGUGUCGGGGGGAACCCGGUGUGCCCGAGGCCCGUCCCCGCCUGGCAGAAGGGCAUCGGCGCGUUCCUGCGGCUGCCGCAGAAGGAGAACCGGGAGCCCGGCGGAGGGGCGGCGGAGAGCAGCGGGCUGGGGCCGGCCGCUACGAAAGCUCCCCCCCUGCCAUCAGAUCCUGCAGAAGACGGCGAGUCCUCUGAGGAAGAGCACGCAUGACCUGACCCUGACUUUGAUGAUAAACUGUGUGUCUCCCAUACUCGAGUUGUUAUUUGUAUAGUUUUUUACAAGGUGUACAACAAGCUUAUGUUCAGCUGUUGUACAGAACUCAAAGCAUGUCUGAGAGACUGCAAGAACAUUUUUGCAAAAUUAUGGUGAAUUUAAUAUAUACUUUUUGAAGCUUAGCAUUCAGUAUAAGUCACCGUUUUAAUUUUUAUCUUGGUUUCCUUGAUUUCGUCAGUGACUCCUGCGUACCAUGCAGCUUUUAUCUUUCGAUUGCCUUGUCCAAGACUUGCAUGAUUGUGCUUGUUCUGCUUUUAAAAAGCACUUUUCUAAUACACUGAAACAUUCUGAGAA